UUUCAGUUCCGAUCCAGAAAAAAAAAUCCUAUUCCAUUCCUGUUUUGGUCAGGGUCCCUGGUUCAGAUGAACGCCAAAUAUGAAAUGUGGCACCAUGGCUUUAUUGCUUGCUGUAGAGACCACGUGAUUGCAUAACAUAACCGAACAUCAGAGUAAAGUAAGGUUAAGUUAUUGUUUAUUGUUAUUAUUAUUUAAAGUUGAAGGCGAGCGUAUUCAUUUUGUGGAAGUUGCUCAUAUUAAUCGUCUAAGUAUUUUUUUGAAAUAUGGUGCGAUAUAAAAAUAGGUAUAUCGUACUUGAGGUAAAUUCGAAUACCAGCAGCAACAGUAUUGAUUAUACACCACUAAAGUUAACCGACAGUGCACUAAAUCAUAGCCUUCAUGUGAAAAUGCAGCAGCUGCAUGGAGACUUCGGAAUUGCAGCCAUACGAGCUGGACUUUACGUUAAAUAUAUCAAUGAACUGACGAAAGUGGCUGUUAUAAAAUGUAGACAUGGCCCUCAUACACUGAUAACUAGUGUUAUACCAUUUAUAACUCACAUAGAAUCGCACAACGUAAGUUGUAAUAUUUUGUAUGUAGGCGCAACUUUGAGGAAAUGUUUCAGUUUCAUUAAAUUACAUCAAGAGCGCAAAUGUGACGAGUUUUGCGCUCAUAUUGACUCUGAGGAAGCCAAACAACUAAGGGCUGUGUUACUCAAUUUUGAGAAGUUAUUAAACGUUGUAGGGAAUUAAUAACUGUAAUUUACUUACCUUGGGAUGAUGAUUUGAAAAUAGAGGCGAAGUUAAUUCGUGUCAAGAAUUAUUUGAUGGGUUGUUUAGGCAUACGAUGAUCCGAAUUGUGUGUAAUAUAGCAAUUUCCUGGAAAACAGUUAUGUUAGAACGAAAUAAAUCAAUGCUGAAGUCGUAGCCGUCA